UAAUCGAUCAUUUUAUUGACACUCCCGUUUCGAAAUUAUCUCCAAAACGUCUAGGUCAAGUGUUUAUCUAACAACUUAAAGAUAGCUCGAGAUGAGGUUUAUCACUCUAACGAAACGUUUCUCCAAUCACUUUGCAAAAAUGAAUUCUAUAAAAUUUAUUACAUUACUCAUUGUGUUUCUUAAUUUACAAUUGGGGGUUUUUACCACAGAAGAAGCACCUAAAAUUGAAAUAUCUAAUGGAUUAUUACAAGGAUUUUUUAGUAACAGUUAUAAUGGAAGGAAAUUUAUUGGGUUUGAAGGGAUUCCUUUUGCUCGACCACCAAUUGGAGAGUUACGAUUUCAGCCACCGGAAGAACCUUAUAAUUGGACGGGUACUUGGAUGGCUAAUACAAAACAUUCUUGUAUUCAAUUUUUAGAGAGUGUAGCUGGAUUAGAAAUGCCUUCAAGUGAAGAUUGCCUUUAUUUAAACGUUUAUGUUCCAAAAGAGACAAUUUCUCCGGAAGAUAAUUUGGAUGUUUUAAUUUUUAUCCAUGGUGGCGGUUUUAUGUUGGGACAUCCUCAUACUCUCUUUGGCCCAAAAUAUCUUAUGGACACAGACACAAUUACCGUUUCCAUAAAUUAUCGUUUAGGUCCGUUAGGAUUUUUAAGCACUCAAGAUGAAAUAGUACCAUUAAAUAACGGAUUAAAGGAUCAAAACUUAGCUUUAAAAUGGGUUCAAAAAAAUAUAAAAUUUUUUGGUGGAAAUCCAGACUCGGUUACCAUUUCCGGUUUAUCUGCUGGUGGAGCGAGCGUAUAUUUCCACUUUUUAUCUAGUUUAUCUAAAGGAUUAUUUCAUCGCGGGUACUCAGCCAGAGGAACGGCUUUAGAUCCUUGGGUUAUUCAAGAAGCUCCAUUGGCUAAAGCUAAAAAAUUAGCUAAUUUGUUGGGGUGUAAUAAAAAAGAUUUGACUUCGAAAGAAAUUUUGGAUUGUUUUAUGCAAAGAUCAACACAAUCACUUUUCGAAGCCACCCAAGAAUUACUCGUUAAAGGAAUGCCUUUUUCUCCAUUUGGGCCUGUUAUUGAACCAGAUUUAAAAGGUGCUUUUUUGAAACGGAAUCCUUUUACACAAUUAGCCGAUGGUGAGGUUCAAGAUUUACCAUGGUUGGUUGCUUUAGCUACUGAAGAAGGAUUAUUUCCAGCUGGAUUUUAUUACCACGAUUUAGAAGAAAUUGAUAAAGAUUGGGAAAAUUUCGCACCACACAUUUUUGAUUAUAACUACACAGUUCCAGAGAAAACGAAAAAAUCAGACGUUUCCAAAAAAAUUCGCUCCCAUUACUUUGGAAACGGUCCAAUUACUUUCGAAAAACUCGUUAAGGCUUGUAGCGAUAGGCAUUUUUAUAGAGGAAUGGAAAAAUCAAUAAAAGUACAACGUCGAAUAACAAAUUCACCCAUUUACAUAUUUAUGUUUGCUUAUCGAGGUGAACAUUCAUAUUCCGAAUUGUUCCACGUCCCGAAUACUGAUAAAGGAGUUUCUCAUGGAGAUGAAAGCUUAUAUUAUUUAAAUACCAACCAAUUCGGCAAGUUAAACGAGAACGACGAAAAAGUUAAAGACGUUAUGUUAAAGAUUUUGACAUCAUUCAUGAAAACGAAUAAGCCGAAGUUGGAUGAUUUUGAUUGGAAACCAAUUUCGAAAGGAAAAUUAGAUUAUUUUUAUUUUAAUGGAUUCGAAAAUUUCAAAAUGGAAGUUGGUGACGAUUUGGGUUCGAAUGCGUUUUGGAAAAGCUUAGGGCUAAAAGAAAAUGAAGAUUAUUCAAGA